CUCUGGAGAGAAGAGUUGAAGGAUCGUGCAUUGAGUGACAACUUUAGAUUCAUGCAAAGAGCAGAUCAGACGAGGAGCUCGGAAGCGGAAUUGUCAGCAAAUGCAGAGCCCGACGUCAAACCCAUGGCCAAAAUGGUCUCGGCUUGCGUUGGAAGCUUCAUUACGACGUUAACCGUGACGCCGUUUGAUGUUGUGAAGACUCGUCUGCAAAGCGAAUCGAUGUCGGCGUAUACCUCAGUUGAAGAAAAUGUAUUUCGCUCGUCGAUCGAGACCUCUGUUGGUCAGGGCUCCCAUAAGGCACGGCCUUUGACAGGACCAGUGUCAGGAUUAUUUCAGAUAGCUCGCAACGAAGGCAUUCGAAGCCUUUGGAGAGGUCUGAUUCCUUCUUUAACCAUGCUACUCCCGGCCAAUAUAGUUCAAUUCAUGAUGUAUGAACGACUUUUGCUUUUGUAUACAGAUUGGGAAUUUCCAGCUUCUGCUGCUGCCGCCGGCGCUUCAGCGCGCACUGUUUCCGCUAGCAUUGUUUCCCCAAUUGAACUUUUUCGGACAAGAGUGCAAGCUGCUGGCGGUCACUAUCCCCCUGGACAUACAGGAGAUAUCGCUAAAGAAGUCUUUCGAGGCUUGCAAAAGAUGAUAUACGAAAAAGGCUAUCUGAGUCUAUGGAACGGUGUUGGCGUCACUCUUUGGCGAGAUGUUCCUUUUAGUGCAUUUUACUGGUGGGCUUAUGAACGGACGCGUCGGUUUUUCCUUCAACAUCCAAGCUUCGAACCAUCGUUGGAAGAUAAUUCCACGAAGGAUAUCUACGUAAAUUUUAUGAGUGGAGGAAUUAGUGGUAUUAUGGCUACUUUGCUUACUCAGCCGUUCGACGUUUCCAAGACCGCUCGACAAGUUCAUGGUCAUACUCUUACACGUGGUCAGAUUUUGUUAACAUUAUAUUCUAAAGGUGGAGCUCGUGCAUUAUGGAAAGGAACGCUUCCUCGCUGCGUAAAAGUAGCACCUUCUUGUGCUAUAAUGAUAAGUACGUAUCACGCUACGAAAAAGUACUUUUCAGAAUCCCCUUAAUGUUUGAAGUCUUUUCAGAAGCAUUUAUUUCUGUUCUUGUUUAUCGCUCUGUACCCCCCUUCUCUUACGUGCCUUCAAUUUACAUUUUUUGCUUGCAUAUUUAAUUUUUAAUAUCCAUCAUAAUGAGAAUCAUUACGAUAUCUAAAGAGCCCUGUCUUUAAUCUUGGUUACGGAUUCUACUUUUUUGAAGCUUAUGUCUUCACAUGUUGUGCUCCUGUCACCACUUGACUUAACAGUAUUUACUUGUUCACUAGGUUCGACGAAAAUUAGGGUUUGGGAAUUUUUGGUUUUCUUGUUUUGUUAUCAAUAUACACUGUAUAAAUAAAAAAAGAGCAGAAGCUCUAACGACCAACCUUUGAUUCUGCCUUAAGCAAUAAUCGUAAACGCAUAGAAAACUAGUUUCGCGGAUUAGCUGUUUAUAAAAGAAUGAAGAAUUAAAAACUCGGA